CAAGGCAAGUCAUUGAUAAGAAGCUAAAAAAUUGACAUCGCUUUACCACUCUUAACUAAACUCAAGUUAUGAAAGCUACUACAACACUAACAUGACUAAAUCAGCCCAUAUAACUCAAACAAGACAUAGGAAGAACAAUCUUUUAUAUUAACAACACCACACAGGGAUCAAGUGAUCAACAGCAGCCCCGCUGAGAUAGAACCAAGACAGCAGACCACAGGAAUUUCAAGAAGGCAUGAAACCUAGCACACAAUUCCAAAUCAAGAAAUUCUUGAGCCUAGAUUGAAUAACUUUUCAAGAUCUACAACUUUCAUGAAGGAACUAUGGGCUAGAAACGUCUGCAGGUCUAUUAUUAUGGGACGAACAGAACUGCAGCUGCAGGGCAAUUGCAAAAUAAAAGCAGUAGCAAUACAACAGGCAGCAGCAGGAUUAUAUAACAGGCAACAACAAUUUCAGCAGCAGCAACACUCACAUACAACAAUAACAUUAUUUCAACCUUUAUAAGCAAAAAGGCAAGACAUCCAAGAGUAAAUAAAUUUAUGCUGUCCCAAACAUGAGCUUCACGUGGAGAUCGAUUCUAAGUGCUAGGGAGGUAAUUGAGAAGGGUGCCAUAAAGACUAUUGGUGGGGGAAGUAGUGUCGGUGCCUAAUCUCCUAAAGUUCCGAAUUCUGUCACAAAUGAAGGAUGGUAGUGAUGUUCCAAUGUAUGUCAAAGAUCUGUGGGAAAAUCAGAGCUGGAAUUGGACUACUCUCUCUGAGUUAUUCUCUCAGCGGGAAAUUGAUGGAAUUUGUAGUAUUCCAGUACCUCUGUUUGAUGAGGAAGAUGUUUGGUCAUGGCAUCACUCGAAAGAUGGGCGUUACAGCGUAAAGAGUGCUUACAACCUCUUGGUCGAAGAAGAGGUAAAGGAUAAGGCAACCUCGUCAAAUGGGCAUGUAGUUUUUAAUUGGAAGAGUAUUUGGCAUGCCCGUAUUCCACCAAAGAUCAAAUUAUUUGUGUGGAGAAGUGUGAGGGAGGGGCUGCCUGUUAUGAGCCGGUUGAUGGCUAGGGGUAUGAAUGUAGAUCAACGUUGCCCUAUGUGUGGGGAGGGAGAGGAAACUACUGCUCAUACGCUUCUCUUCUGCCUGCAGCAUCCUCUAUUUGGAGACAUUCUGCCUUGCGGCUUGACACAAGGGCAUUUGAUGCUGAUGGGUUUCGAGGUUGAUGCAAUCUGAUGUAUGGAAAGAUCAAGGAGACGAAUUGGUGGGAUAUUUGGUGCCUGGCGUGGGGAAUCUGGUUGAAACGCAAUGCAUGGGUCUUUGAUAAAAGAGAGAAGAGGGAGGCUGACAUUCUUUACAAGACAAUGUGCUUGGUGGGAGAGUUUGAAGAAGCUAAUGCGAAUGCUGAUAUGGGGAUGCAAGUGCAGUAUUUCAGCUCUAGAUGGAAGCCUCCUGCUGCUGGUCUGUAUAAGCUAAACACAGACGCAGCCUUCCAAGGUCAGUGGCUGGGAAUUGGUGGGAUAUUGAGAAAUGAGGAGGGGACUGCUGUGGUAGCCUUUUGUUCGAAAGAGAAUGGGAAGGUAGAUGUUGCUGUUGGUGAAGUGAUUGGUAUGAGAUCCAGCCUAAAGAUAGCCAUGGAAGCGGGCUUUAGGAACUUUAUCCUGGAAACUGAUAACAUUAAGUUGUUCCACCAUCUGAAAAAGGGCUCCAUAUCUCCUUGCUCUUUUGGCAAUUUGGUGAGGGAUAUUCUGAUGCUUGCUAGAAGCUGUCAGAGUUGUGUUUUUUCUUUUGUUAGAAGGUCGGGUAAUAUUGUUGCCCAUAGCUUAGCAAAGUUGAGUUUCAAUUUUAGUGAAUAUCGUGUUUGGCUUGAAGAGUACCCAACUGAAAUUCAGGGGGCUUUAUGUCACGAUAUUGAAAACUUGGUGAAAUAAUAAAUUGAGCUAAGAUGCGUUUUUCGUCAAAAAAAAAGAGUAAAUAAAUUUAUACUCCAUAUAUACCCAAAAAAUCAGAGCCUUCAAAUAUGGCAAGUUUCACAAACCAAAAAACGGCAAAUUUCACAAAUCGGCAAGUUUUUAUUCAACGUUUAAAACCAAAAAAACGGCAAGUUUCACAAAUUACUCAAAUUUCAAAACCAAAAUAUGGCAAGUUUCACAAAUUAUCUACAUCAAGAUCAACAGGGUAAGUGGGUAACCAAAGCAUAAAAGGCAAAUAUCAAGCUCAAACCAGAAAACCCCCGCAUGUUCUUCAAAACCCAAA